AUGUGGCUGAUUUACGACUCAGACACCCCACCACCUUACGUCACACCAUCACCUCCGUCUACUUUGAUUUCUCCAUCCCAUGACUCUGCCUGCAUGGAUGAUCCCGUGGAUGAUCCAAUGGAAAACACCGCUAGACCGGCCGCCAAUAUGAGUUUAGACGCACUUGUGAGCUCGGUAGAAGAAACGGUGGAAUCCCCAGCUCAUUACGAUGCUCCCUACAGCUUCUGUCUAAGUUGUUGCCUCCCCCGGAACAAGAACCUGAUGUGCUCGGGGUUCUGUGUUUACUGCGUUGCAGAAAGAAGGUAUUGCGUGCGUGGGAAUCACGAUGAGGAUCGUGAGGCCUUUUUCAGAAAAAAUGGAGCUGAGAGUCAAUACUGCAAGAGCUGUCGUGGGGAUGAUGAAGAAUCUGCGGACUCCAAAUCUGACGGGUCUGAUGAGAUGAAUCUCGAACCAGAAAUCAUCGAAGAUAACCAGGUCUCAAGAGAGAACGAGUCUCAUACAAAUGCCGAGUCCCAGGCCGACGAUACCAUGAACACAGAUAUCAUGCCAUCGGUUGGCGAGGAGUUGAACCUUCCACCCACACUACCCGUUGAGAUUGACCCGCUUCUUGACAUCAGACCACAGGUCGAUAUGCAAUCUCAUCCUGGCAUGGAAACCCCUCAUGAUAUGAAAGCCCCUGGUGAUAUAGAAGCCCCUGGUGAUAUGGAAGCCCCUCGUGAUAUGGAAGCCCCUGGUGAUAUGGAAGCCCCUGGUGAUAUGGAAGCCCAUCCUGAUAUGGAAGCUCAUUCUGGUAUGGAAGCUCGUCCUGAAAUGAAGCUGCCACUUUCAUAUAAAUUGCCAUUGGAACUGGAGAUGUUUAUUCAUGGAUCACAAUUUGAAAAUGAAUCACGCCCGACCCCGGAGGCUCACUAUGGCAUGAAACAGCCUGUCAUCGAGGCCCGCCUUGGUGUGGAAGCCCAACCCGACAUUGAGGCUGAGUGUAGUAUGAAACGAAGUGGGAUUCUACCAAAAUUCGACAUUAGACCGCCCUUUGAUAUGGAAACACACCAAGAUGUCAAAAGGGUAUUUGAGGUCAAGUCAGAGCCAAUGGAUACGAUUGAACUUGGCAGGAUUCCAUCAUUUCCAUUUUCAUCCGUUCAAGACCAGGGCAAGAAAUGGAGCCCAAUUUUCAUCGAUUGA